GGAACGAGGUGGGGCUCCGUUCCGGGUUCCGAUCGACAGCGACCCGACGACAGAGACGAAUCUAUGUAGAGAGCAGUGGGUGCCCAGGAACCCACGGAAAAACUAAAACUACUUAUACAGGAUCUGGACGGCGAGGCGGGCGAAACCGCGGGCUCGGCGGGGCGGGGGGCGCCAGCCGUUUCGCCGCCGCUGCCGUGGUCUGCCCGCACCGCGCCGGCGAUGUCGACGCUUGGAAGGCUGAUCCGUUCGCGCUCGGCUCGGCUGGCGCGCUACAUAAGCGCAGGCUAGAGGGUCCAAGCUACCUACUCACUCAUCAGCCAGGUCAAGUGUUCUUCUCCUCACCGAGAACCUUCUUCCAGAGCGCACCAACUGAGUUCAGCUCGGACUUCACCUCCAUGUCUUCGACGACGGCGACCAACCUGGCCGGCCUAUGGUUCGGCGAGCUCGCCGCGGCGAUGCAGGGGACGUGGCAGGCCACUCCGCCCGGCCGCGGCGACCAGCGGCCGCGAAAGCAGCAGAAGCUGGGAAGCGAGAAGAAGGCAGUGCUAGGAGCCGCCGCGGCCGGGACGAAGGCGGCGACGGAGACGAAGGGGGACGUCGGGAGCUGUGGCGGUGCCAUGCCCGACACCACGGCCUACCUGCUGCUCGACCGGUUCGCGCCCAGCUGAGCUCAGCUGCGUGGCCUUCACUGGCGCGCGUUCGUGUCCACUGUUCAUCUGUACAGGCAAGAUCAUCGCAGGCGAUGAUUGUGCAAGUGUUCUGGAUUGUAGUGGCAUCUUGCUGCCAUGCUCGCGUCCCUUUCCUUCCGCUCCAUGGCGUCCCAGGAGCAAGCAUCGCUGAAGAUGCAACCAAAGCAGUGAUGUUCUACCGAUUACUGUCAAAGUGUUGUCCAAAUAUUCACAGAAACUCUUUAACAGAUUUCCACCCAAAACGUAUAUCACGAUAAGAUCUUUCAAGAA